AUGAGAGAUCAACCACGACUUAGUCGACCUUCAACUAAGAAAACAUCUGAAAAUAUUGAAGAAUUUCGUUGCCUCAUUCAUGAUGAUUCUUAUCUUACGAUUAAUGAAACACAACUGGAGACUGGAUGGUAUAAUACAACUAGAAUGAAUAACAGACGACAUUGGCAUACAGCAUCAGUAUUAACAAAUGGAAAGGUAUUAGUUGUUGGUGGAACUGUUGAUGGAUAUAUUAUGUUAGAUAGUACUGAGUUGUUCGACCCAUUAACAGAAACAUGGAUAGCCACUGGUGGAUUGAAUGUUGCAUGA